CAAAACUUCUCUCCCAAUCACCAAACCUAGCUCACAUUUCUCUACAAAAAAUUUCUUACUUGCAUUUCCUACUCAAAGUAUUUUCAAACCGAUCGAUCGAUCUCUAGAUAUUUCUCUCUCCUAGUUUUAUCGCUAAAAUGGAUAGGGUGGCAAAAAUGGUGAGCGAAAGGCCGGUGGUGAUAUUCAGCAAGAGCUCUUGUUGCAUGAGCCACACAAUCAAAACCCUGUUCUCGGACUUCGGUGUUAACCCUAGCAUUCAAGAGCUCGAUGAGAUUCCGAGGGGCCGGGAAAUCGAGGCGGCGCUUAUCAGCCGCGGUUGCAACCCGGCGGUCCCUGCGGUGUUCAUUGGCGGCGAGUUGGUGGGUGGAGCCAAUGAGGUCAUGAGCCUUCACCUUAAGAGGUCAUUGAUCCCUAUGCUCAGGAGGGCUGGAGCUUUAUGGGUUUGAUAAAUCCAUGGAAAAAACAAAAACAAAAAAGGCAUAUCUAGAAAAUUACCUAAUUAAUAAGUUAACUUGUGUCUGUGUUUUUGUUUUUACUACUAUAUACUAUAUAGAGUGGGUUUAGGCAUCGGAUUUUGUAGCAUAUGGAGCCUAUUUAAGUCGUAAUACUACUCUACAAAAUAAUGUGUUACUUUAUAGUAGCUUUGUUUUUUGCAAUGUAAUCGUCUCGAUCGCGAUUUUGAUAAUAAAGAUGAGUUUAUUUUAA